AUGUCUGUGGAGGAGAAUAACCUUAUAGAAAUUUUGGAGGAAGGUCACAAAGUCGAUAUAGCUAAGUACAUUGAUUACGUGAGUGCUCCUCAAGCCGGUGCCAUAGCAACAUUCUCAGGCACUACAAGAGACACAUUCGAGGGGAAAACAGUUUUGGAGCUAAGGUAUGAAGCGUAUGUACCAAUGGCCACAAGAUACCUCAGCUAUAUAUGUGCAGACGCUAGAUCAAACUGGGACAUCCAUAAGAUUGCUGUUGCACACCGUUUGGGACCAGUUCCUGUUGGUGAAACCAGCGUGUUCAUCGCUGUCUCGUCUGUUCACCGUGGAGAUGGUUUAGAUGCUUGCAAGUUCUUGAUAGACGAGCUGAAGGCUUCUGUUCCGAUAUGGAAGAAGGAGGUGUACACUAAUGGAGAGGUUUGGAAGGAGAACUCUGAGUUUCUGGAGAAGAGGUUGGAGCUUGCUGAGAAGAGACUGGAGAAGGCAGAGAGUUUGGUGAAGAAACAUGUCGUUGGAGAACAUAAAAGAAGUUGCUGUGGAAGUAAAGUUAGAGUACAUGAAGAUGAAGAGCAAAGAGAUAUAGCAGGAGAUAACAAUCCUUCUCAUUGA